AUGUGCAUGCUAGUAGCUUGCGCAAAGAGUGCGAUUGUGCCCACGGACGGCUGUCUGUGGAGUGUGUGCCUCGGCGUGUCUGAAGGGGCCAUUGUGUCCGAUGAAGGGAAUGUGUACCUUGUGUCCGCUGCCCCUCCCCCUCUCAGCUCUCCUCUUCCCCGCCGCCCUGACACUGCCCACCUAGAUCCUCUCACCUUCUUGGGCAGCUUCCUGCCUCCCUCUGGGCCAGAAUGCAGUGUCUGUGAUGAGAAAGGGACCGGAAUUUAUGCCCUGUUCCUUUGGACGUGGAAGGACCAAGGAGAGAGCCAGAGCUCGCACACGGUGAGGAUGUCCAGACCAUUAUUCCUCGAUUGGCCCUGGAGACCCCUCUGCAGCCCCUCCCAAUCUCUCCCACUGACCCAUGGACCAGAAGACUGGAUUUUGCAAUGGAAGGGAAAUUGCAGACAGCAGACAGCUCUGCACUGUCCCUUUGGCUUUCCUCAGGCACCUCUGAGAGGGAGACAGCCUCUCAGCCAAGUACCCAACAAGGGACAUGAGAAGGCUUCUGCUGUGCAGCUGCCAGAGAACGGGACAGAUCAAAGCAGGAGAGGACCAACAUCUGCAGUAACCAAAGCAAGGACAAGUUACCCCGAGUCAGAAAUCUUCAUUGUGUAUCUGUGCAGUUACUUUUGGAACUCAAGUGAAGGACUUUACAUGUCAGGUAAAGAUGUCUUGGUUCCACCUGAAUUCCUUCCAUGCUUUUCAGCGACUGAACCGUUUGGGUGGCCUGGAAGAGCCUGUGAGCUCCCUAGAGAAAGGAGACAGUGUGGAUGGAGAAGAAUCUGGAGUAGAGACAAGUCUGGGGACCCUGCCUUUCAAGUCUUUUGUGUGAGGGCUGCGUUGGUGGCCCAACUAGCCAGGGAAAGGCUAUGGUAUGCGGGGUCAGGCGGGAAUAGGCAGGAAAUGUUUGUGAUAAGAGGCUUUGCCUCUUGCAAGCUCCCCUGGUUUCCAGACCCAGCUGCAGGAUAAGGGCCCAGGAGCUGAGCAGGAAGCCUCAGAGGAGGCUGCUGCAGGAGCCAGCCCUUGGGAUUUCAGCAGGCAGAGUUGCAAUCAGAGGCCCCUGGGGGCUCUGAAGACCGUGCCUGGGGAUAGAAACGACCCUGGGAACCCAGCCAGGGCUGCCUUCCUUUGGGAUCAGGAAUUUCAAUCAUACUUCAGAGGGCCAAAUCAAUCCCUUAAGAAAAGUAAAACAAAACAAACCCCA